GACGAAAGGGGCCAUGUGAACCGUCGAACGAAUAAGGCAAUAAACAUUCGAAUUAGAAGAGAAGAAAGAACAGACGAACGAAAAGGUACCUUAUUGACACACUCAGUGAAAAUGGUCACUCUCUUGAAUUUUGGGAAAAACCCGAUAAAUAUUCGAAGCUUCAGAAUAGCUCAAAUUAUAAGCCUUUGAAAUAAAUUUUAUACAUCUUUUAGUAUUAUCGCCAGAGGCUGUUGAAAGAAAGACGAAUAUUGUAUUAUGCCUUUACUAUUUAUUUUGGCCUUCAAGGAAGAACCUUGGACAAAUAGAAAUGUUCUGAACUCAAGUUUAUAAGUUUUCUAAAUUACUUUGUUGUCCAAAUUUGAAAGAAGUUGUUUAUCGAACUCAAAGUAAGCAAGGUAUUGCAAGAUAGUCCAUCAAUCUAUACAGGAGUGGCCAAUUUUCAUAAAACCUUCAACAUGAUUCUGCGGUAUUUUACCAACGGAAUACUCCGUUUGUUGUUCAUUACUUUGAUUGUGACUCUGAUAGGUAUCAUUACACUCACAUACAAUUGGCCAAAUGGGGCAGAAGCAGAGUCGGUGCCACACUCGACAGUGGGUGCUGCAGAGGACCCAGAGCCGACAGCGGCAUCUAGCGAGCCACUGGCGAGCAUCCGUCUAGACGAUGUUCUACUGGCGGAGCCCAGGCCCACGCCCGGACAGAGCAUAUUUUUCCACGAAACGAGCUCCUAUGAUACCAAAAACAAACAUCUUAAUAUCCUGAAGCUAACCGCCCGUCAAUCGUGUGCUAUCGAAUCUGCUGCACUCCAUAAUCCGAAUUUCCAGGUAUACGUUUUGUUCGUUGACCGAAAAUACAGUCUUGUUGUUGACCCCAACGUAGGGAAUAGAAGCAUCCAGCAGCCUCUUUUCGAUGCCAUCUUAAGCUAUAGCAAUGUCCGUUUGCGGCGUCUAAAUCUCUGGAGAUAUGCUGCAGGCACACCUAUGGAAGAAUGGCUCAGGGAGGGUAAUCUGUUUCGCUCGCGAUAUGUGGUCUCUCACAUCUCUGAUUUUCUGCGUUUUUUGACCCUAUUUCGCUAUGGCGGCCUGUAUCUGGACAUGGAUGUGGUCGUGCUUCGAAGUAUGGAGGAUAUACCACCAAAUUACACAGGAGCCGAGUCCGAUACUUUCCUUGCCGCUGGCAUCAUGAACUUAGCAGCCAGUGGCUUUGGUCAUCAGAUUGCCGCCUCUUGUCUGCACGACUUUCAGACAAAUUUCGAUGGCAAUGUUUGGGGGCAGAAUGGCCCAGAGGUGAUAACACGCGUGGCCCAACAGAUUUGCGGGACCAAGAAUAUCUCAGUGAUGCAGACGAAUCGCAAACGCUGCUUGGGUUUUAAGGUGUUUGGUAGAGGCGCCUUUUACGCUGUGACCUCUGAUAAGUGGCUGAACUUCUUUAAUCCACAUAAACUGGAGGAGACCUUGGCCCGCACCAAAGACUCGUAUGCGGUGCAUGUCUGGAACAGCCAAUCGGAAAAGCAACCAAUUAAGAUUGGGUCAACCUGUGCCUAUGCCAAAUAUGCCGAGAAAAAUUGUCCACGCGCCUAUCAUGCUGCAGGGACUAAGCAGUACGAAUGCCCGUCUGAAGAAUAGGCUAUUAACUCACACAUCCCUCGAGAGUAGGCCACAUCAUCAUUCUUAUUCCUUAAAUUCUUCGUUUUGUUUUAUUCUGUUGGAGGGACACAGACCAAAAUCUAUUAAAUAUAAAUUAAACAUUUCUGUGUACACUCUAAUGCUUUUGUUUGUUUUUUAUACAAACAAACUUAUUGCUUCUAAGAAAUUACAUUACGUGUUUGCUGUGUGACUUGUGCUGGGGCCAGAAACCAGGACUGGGGCUCGAGAAGGCAAGGAUAGAUGCAGGUGCACCAUUAAAGAUUUUAAGCUUGCGUUGGAAGAGCCACAGCUGCACCCGAAUUAGAAAAUUAGGAGUUUUCCCACACGCUGUCUAUGAUGGUACACGCUGGCGGCAGUCAUUCGUCCAGCUGCUCAUUGAGUUGUGCCAGGAGUGCUGCCCGCUUUGAUUCCAGUUCGCCGUCGCUUAACGUUAGUUCCUCGUUACGUGAGCCUCCCGAAUCCAUGGACUGGACAGGACUGAGUGGUGUCGUGGAACGAUUGUGUCUGUUGUGUCGUUUGCCUUCUUUGUCUUUUUUGGAACGCUUUUCCUUUUUCUUCUUCUUGGCUGGCGAAUGCGAGUUUGAAUCGGUAUGCAGGAGCGCCAAGCUAGGCGACAGAUUCC